CAUCUCAUUCUGCUCCCAACCUUGGGCAAUCCCGUUUCAAUAGCAACAGGAAGCCGACAAACCAGAAACGGAGGAGCCCAGCACUUUUGACGAGGCAGAGAGCAACCAACUGCUAACACUUCUGCGUUAUUCACAGAUAAAGUACAUCUUUAGAGUGUGAAUUUCGCCAGUACGACCGCAAUCUGCGUAAGACGAAGCCGUAGAGAUCCAUCCGUGCAUUAUCUGCGAGCUACGUGAGAGAAACAGUACGUUAGACAUGAGUUCACAAACAAGACUGCUCAUUCGGGGAGGAAGGGUGGUGAACGAUGAUGCGAUGACUGAAGCAGACGUCUUCGUUGAAGAUGGUGUCAUCAAGCAAGUUGGAAAGGAUCUCAGUCCUCCAGGUGGUACCAGAACAAUCGAAGCAAAGGGAAUGUUUGUGAUGCCCGGUGGCAUCGACACGCACACACACAUGGAAUUCUUCUUCAUGAACACUCGUAGUGCCGACGAUUUUUAUACUGGCACAAAGUCAGCCCUUGCUGGCGGCACGACCAUGAUCAUCGACUUUGUGACAAAAAAGUCCUCCCAUAUGACCCUUCUCGAAGCUUUCGAGGACUACCGCAGUCGUGCUGAUGAACGUGCCUGCUGCGAUUACGGACUUUCUGUAAUCCUUACGGACUUCAAUGAAGAAGUUUUCAAAGAAAUGGAAGUUCUUACCAAAGACAAGGGUGUGAACUCGUUCAAGGCAUUCAUGGCAUACAAAGGGUCUCUGAUGCUGGAAGAUGAGAAGCUCAUUAAAGCAUUCAAGGCAUGCAGUCGCCUGGGUGCACUGGCACGUGUGCAUGCAGAGAACGGAGACAUUAUUUAUGAGAACCAGAACAGACUCCUCUGCCAAGAAGUAACAGGUCCCGAAGGCCACCUCCUGAGCCGCGAUGAAGAGAUCGAAGCCGAAGCAACGCACCGGGCAAUUGUUUUGGCAAAUCAGGUGAAUUGCCCGUUGUACGUUGUUCACGUGAUGAGCCGUGGCUCUGCUGAGGUUAUCCUCCGCAAACGAGCUGAAGGUUGCAUCGUCUUUGGGGAACCCACUGGCUCCGGACUGGGCACCGACGGCACGCAUCACUUCAGCCGUUGUUGGAGGCAUGCGGCCGCUCAUGUCAUGUCGCCUCCUCUCCGUCCCGAUCCAACCACGAAGACUUACCUCAUGGGCUUGCUUGCCAGUGGUGAUUUGCAGACAACUGGGUCUGACCACGCCACUUUCACGUCAGCGCAGAAAGCCAUCGGUGCUGACGACUUCACUAAAAUCCCCAACGGUGUGAAUGGUGUAGAAGAAAGAAUGGGAGUGAUCUGGCAAAACGGGGUGAACACUGGGAGGAUGGAUCCUUGCAAGUUUGUAGCUGUGACAAGUGCCAAUGCUGCCAAAAUCUUCAACAUCUACCCCAGAAAGGGUAGAAUCCAAGUCGGCUCAGAUGCGGACAUCGUCGUGUGGGACCCAGAGAAGGAACGCACCUUCUCCGUGGACACUCACCACUCUUCCUGUGAUUUUAAUAUAUUCGAAGGCUUCCGAUGCCAAGGCGCUCCAGCCUUUGUCAUCUCUCAGGGCAAGGUCGUCGUCGAAGGAGACGAACUUCAAGUCAGCCAAGGAGUGGGACGUUUCAUUCCAAUGGCUCCCAACUGCCCUUAUGUUUACGCUGCAAUGCGGCAGCGUGAGGCGCUGCCUCCCUUGAAGGUGGACCGCACACCCUACACUGCCAACGAAACCAAUGCAGUCGACGAAGUGAACGAGCAGCUUAUGAGCCCAGCAGAGGCUCAGCCAACACAAGCCAGCAGGGAUGCUCCAGUGUAUCACAAUUAUAUGGAGCCACUGUUCCCAGCGCAACCGAGGGAGUUCCAUAGCCGGCCGCUAACACGCGGUGGCUGUCGUAACCUUCAGGAUUCCAGCUUCAGCCUCUCUGGUGCCCAGAUUGAUGAUGAGAAAGGCACAAGAAAGGCCAUUCGUGUCAACAACCCACCCGGUGGACGCUCCUCCGGUAUUUGGUGAUGCAGCUAACUUGGCAGCUCAACUUUUUAAUGUGCUCUUCUUGCUUCAUUGCAUGUUCCGCUCAGUGAUGGUGAGUACUUGAUGUACUAAGUACUCGGGUACUCCUUUAAGUACAUUUCUGAGUACUUGUACCUUACCUAUACCUUUGUAAAGUACUCAAGUACUAACUGGUAAUGCACACAAGAAAAAGCAACAAUAUCAGUAAGUAAUUUUUCUGUGUGGUACAGGCAUUUCUGAAUUUAAAAAAAAUCAGUGUGGCCAGGCCUAAAAUGUUGGCAAGCCAUACGCACUGGUACUUUUACACUGUUUGGCAGUUGAACGUCGGCAACAAGAAGAUACGCAGACACGCUAGACACUGUGCUAGGCAACUUUACCUCGUGUUCGUAUUUUUUCAUGUUCUCGAGACCUGAUAUUAUUGUUUUUGGCAUUGUGCAUUGGCAGAGCCUAGUACAAUGAUAAUUCUAUUUUGAGAUUUUUUGUUUCACAUUUUUACAGUUUUUACACGCUGUUGUAGACAAUUUUGUUGCAAACAACAAAGCCACAGGAUAGAGGAAGUUUUGCAUUGUGCUUCCUUCACUUUCAUAUUUUUUUUGGAAUGCAUGUCUGAUUUAGAAUGCAUUAAAAGGCAAUGGCAAGUGCUAGUAAAUGUAUAGUCUUUGCUGGUUUGCCACUUUUUUUGCCUCGAUUUAUGUUACACCUUGCGGUUAGCACGAGAACAUUGCGCACUGAUGGAUAGCGCAGCAAGUAAUAGCACCUUGCAUUAGCACGAUUGCCUGUGUGUAGGUGCAAAUUAUUCUAUUUCAGUUCAUAUUCAUGAGUCUGCAAUGAACUUGUCAUGCUUAAUAACUGGCACUUGCCAAAAAGGCUCGUUCGAAAUGCCAGUCAAAACAGUUGCAUUCUCACUCUUUGCCAGCACCAAAUGGUGGAACAUGGAGCGAUAUAAACCAGGUUUUUAAUGGAUGUGACAAGAGUACUUAGCACACUCUGCCUAAUACUUCGUACGUACUUUUUGUUUUGUACUCUAUUUAUUUUAACUACAUUUGCAGUGUGGUUCUUGUGUACUAUACCAAUCUAGCCAGGUAUUUGCCCAUCACUGGUUUUAACACGUGCACCUUGUCCCGCAUUUCCCACUGACACAUUCCGUGGUAUUCAAAUCAUGACUGUGUAAUUUGUUUUCUUAAUAAUUUCCUGAGCUGUACAUGUGUAUCAUUAAACUGUUCCUGCUGCCUUGAAUGGA